AUGAGUGACUGGUUUGUGGAUGAUGAGGGGUCGUGGUUUAGUACUGGGCAAGAGUGGACAGCUGAGUCUGGAUCGUCGAGUUCAGAACCGUCGAGCAAUUCGGAGCACUGGAUCGUAGUGACGGACUUGGAACAGCAGACACUAACAGAUCAUGAUAGCAGCAGUGAUUGGGACGAGGACGUAUAUCUCAUGCCGAGAGACAACGUGCAGCCCAGCACAACGGUGAAUGAGUAUGGCGAACACAUGACAUGGCCAGUACAUUACCCUGAGGAGGAGAGAGUAGUGCCAUCUACCCAAAUCAUAGAGAUCAGUUCAGGCGAGACUACACCAAACUCUUGGGAUAGAGAUAGUCCACCAAGUGUUCUACCGCAUAUACCAAUGCCGCAUGUAUUUGCACCGGGAGGUGGAGUAUACCCGUACAUGCCAACGGAGGAGAAUCCAACGGACUACGUGUACCCGUUCAUUACCAGUGGCGUAGAAAGCAAUGAUCCAGCCGUUGCAGUUCAAGUCAAUAGUGAAGUCUUCACAAACCAACCUGAAGAACCGGAUACGCCGGAACCAACAUGGGAGGAUUAUCUUGGACACCAGAACGUAUCACCCACGUACUGGACAAGGAAACUCAACGAGAUCGCUGGAUACACAUCAUCAAUGGAGCAUGGAGAAGGAAGCAUACCUCAAGAUCAAGGAGAAGCUAAUGCGAUAUGGUGUACAAUGUAUGGAGAACAAGAUGCACCAAACUCGGUGGCAGGCAAUGAAUAUCAAAUACCGGAUCUUAACCAAACCACGGAGGAAGGUACCGGAGAGAAUGAAUGGCCACAAGAUGAUGAAGGUCUUAACUUAGCAAGAAGGUGGGAUGAGAUAAUCGCCACAGAAUUGGAGAAUCUCAGAACAGAGGGUAAUGGCCAAGAGCAAACUGUGUCACGCCAAAGGGGAAGGCCUCCCAGAAGACUCGCGAGGAUGAGAGUCCCAGCACCGUCUCAAGUCACGCUACCAUGCGAUCAAUGUGGAAGGACGGGACAUCAUAGCGAGCAUGUCCCAAUGUGCGAGCUAGAUCAAGGAUGA